AUGGCCAAGUCACACCUGCUGCCAUGGUUGCUGCUGCUGCCCACACUCUGUGGCCCAGGCACUGCAGCAGCUGUCGGGAGCUCCACAUCCCUGGCCUGUUUCCGGGGCCCUGAGUUCUGGUGCCAAAGCCUGGAGCAAGCAUUGCAGUGUGGAGCCCUGGGGCACUGCCUACAGGAAGUCUGGGGACAUGUGGGAGCCGAUGACCUGUGCCGGGAGUGUGAGGAGAUCGUCCAAAUCCUCACCAAGAUGACCAAGAAGGCCAUUUUCCAGGACGUCAUAUGGAGGUUCCUGGAGCACCAGUGUGACAUCCUCCCCCUGAAGCUGCUCGUGCCCCGGUGCCGCCACGCGCUCGACCUCUAUUAUCCAGUGGUCGUCAACUACUUCCAGAGCCAGAUCAACCCAAAGGCCAUCUGUGAGCACCUGGGCCUAUGCAAACCCAGGCUUCCUGAGCCAGAGCAGGAGCCACAGCCACUGGAUCCCCUGCUGGACAGUCUGGUCCUCCCCGUGCUGCCCAGCACCUUCCAGAGGGGGACAGGGCCUCUUACGCAGGAUCUCUCUGAGCAGGAGUUCCCCAUUCCCCUACCCUUCUGCUGGCUCUGCCGGACUCUGAUCAAGCGGAUCCAAGCUGUGAUUCCCAAGGGUGUGCUGCCCGUGGCUGUGGCCCAGGUGUGCCACGUGGUGCCCCUGGUGGUGGGCGGCAUCUGCCAGUGCCUCGCUGAGCGCUACACCGCCAUCCUGCUGGACGACCUGAUGAGCCGUGUGCUGCCCCAGCUGGUCUGCGGCUUCAUCCUCCGGUGCUCCAGUGUGGACAGCUUUGGCUCAGCCCUCGCUACUCUGGGGUCCCCACCAGGAGAAUGGCUGCUGCAAGACUCCAAGUGCCACCUCUGCAUGUCUGUGACCUCCCAGGUCAGGAACAGCACGGAGGAGGCCACGUCGCAGGUGGUGCUCCAGGCCUGCCAAAGCACCUGGCUGGACAGGCAGAAGUGUGAGCAAUUUGUGGAGCAACACACGCCCCAGCUACUGACCCUAGUGUCCAGGGGCUGGGAUGCCCACACCACCUGCCAGGCCCUGGGAGAGUGUGCAACCACGCUCAGCCCUCUCCAGUGUGUCUACAGCCCUGACUUCCAACAAGAAGACAAAGCCAGCUGCAAAGGAGGAGCUGAGUGA